AUGCCUUUAUCUGGAGUUUGCAAGUGGUUCGAUUCGACCAAGGGGUUUGGAUUUAUUACCCCAGAUGACGGAUCUGAAGAUAUCUUUGUGCACCAGCAAAACAUCAAAGUUGAAGGAUUCAGAUCCUUAGCACAAGAUGAAAGAGUAGAGUACGAAAUUGAGACUGAUGAUAAAGGCCGUCGUAAGGCUGUCAAUGUCUCUGGUCCAAACGGUGUUCCAGUCAAAGGUGACAGACGUAGAGGUAGGGGCAGAGGGAGAGGCAGAGGAAUGAGAGGACGUGGCCGUGGAGGUAGAGGGCGUGGGUUCUACCAGAAUCAAAAUCAAUCUCAGCCACAGUCUCAGCAACAGCCAGCUUCGACUCAGGCCCAGCCAGCUACCCACUAA